AUGUUUAUAAUCAUUAAAUUUAAGUUAAGGAGUUCCCACAAAAGACCUUACCUUUUAAUUUUAAGGAGAAUUUUUAUUUUUUGUCUAUAUUAAUUAUAAACAAUCAAAUUUAUCUAUCUUUCAAAUCAAAAAUAAUUGAUUAUUAACUUAGUAAGUAAUCCAAAUUUGUAUUUUUUAUAUUAAAAGGUUAUUAUUCAAUCAAUAAAUUCCUCCACAAACUAGCUUAUUGAACUGUAAAAAAGUUUGAAUUCAAAAAUAUUUCUUGGCUUAAAAAAUGUUUAAUUCAAGAUUUAUGGCUCUUAUAAUUUUUUUAGAAAAUUUAUUAAAAUAUUUUACAGUGAUAUUUACAUUUUGAUUGAUUUAAAAUAUAAAAAAUGUAAAGGGUUUUCUAUGGUAUUCUGUGAAUCAUUUAUUAUUACUUUUGUUUGUAAAAUUCUUACUAUAAGAAUGGUAAAUUAGAUACUCUUUAUUAUUAGAUAUUAACCAAAUUUUACUUUAUCACCACAAAUUUUAAAUAAUCGUCUUUCUUUAUAAAAUAGCAUCUAAUUCAAUAAAUUUAAAAUUGAUUAUAGAUAAAUUAUUAAUAAUUGCUAAGUGUCUUUAUCAAAAACUUAAUAAAAUAUCAAAAUAUUUGAUAAAAUAAAUAUAAUCAUUAAUAUAUACAUAAAUUAAUAUAGUUAACAAACUAUCAAUCAAAACAAGUUCUCAAUCUUAGCUUUAAUAGAUAAAAAUGUACUAUAAUAAUUAGCAAAACUAUGAUAAUUAAUAUUAGAAUAACUAAUACGUGCCUUAGCAAUAUGUAUAACAAGACUAGCAGAUAUAUAGCUAAAAUUAGGUAUAAUACGUAGUGACUCCGCAAUAUUAAUAUGUAGUAUACUAAAAUACGAAUUAAUGCUAACCUCCCAUAAUGUAGCAACAAUAAAUCAAUAAUUAUGCUUCUCCAAGCAUCAAUAAUACCUCAGAGUAGUCUAUAAAUUAAGAGCAAACAUAAUACAUAAACGAAAACCAAAUAGAGAUGCAAACAUAAGAUUUAUAUAGUGAUAAAGAUUCGUAUUAAAUAAGCUGUUUACUCAGAUUAUUUUAUAUUUUGAAAUUAAUUGUUGCCUUAUAUUUUGUUGCCUUAUUAAUCUUUAAUUCAGUAGGAAAAUUCAGUAACUAAUUUCAGCUUUUUGAAGUUCCUAGCUCUAAUCCUCCUAAUAAUUCUUUAAAUAAUACAAAUAUUAAUUAUGAAUAUUAUUUAGCAAAAAAUGAGCUUUACAUACAUGAUUGUGAUUCUCUAGAUAAUAGAUACUAUGGAGAAAUAAUGGAAAAUAAUAAGGAAGGUUUUUA